AGCGGAAGUGUAUCCCCUUCUUGAAAGGCUGGACUACGCCGAGUGGUGACGUUUCCUCAUUGGGCGGAAGGUUCGGUGGCAGUCGUCGGGCUUCCAGCUGGUGGGAGUUGGCGUUGCGGUGCUGGGCGCUGGAACCCUAGUUUGUCCAGUUUGGGAAGUCGGGCUGUGGGGUCGCACCUGUCUGUCUGAUCCCCGCGUUUCCUGGUUUCCUCCCCCGGCGUGGGGCUUCGCGAAGGUCUCCCGGGCCCCUUUGGGCCACGGCGGUAGCGGUGCCUUUUGCGGUAAGGAAUGUGAGGCUCAGAGAUAUUAAGUAACUUGCCCAAAGUAACCCAGCCAGUAUGUAACAGAGCUGGGAUUUGAAUCCAAGUCUGUCAGACUCCAAAGCCCAUGCUCUUUCCAGUACUUCAUGCUGUAGCAGAUUUUCUUGUGAUUACAUCUUAAAGCUUUCAAGAUGGUAUUAGCAGACCUUGGAAGAAAAAUAACAUCAGCAUUGCGCUCAUUGAGCAAUGCCACCAUUAUCAAUGAAGAGGUGUUAAAUGCUAUGCUAAAAGAAGUAUGCACAGCAUUAUUAGAAGCAGAUGUUAAUAUUAAACUAGUGAAGCAACUAAGAGAAAAUGUAAAGUCUGCUAUUGAUCUUGAGGAGAUGGCAUCUGGUCUUAACAAAAGAAAAAUGAUUCAGCAUGCUGUAUUUAAAGAACUUGUGAAGCUUGUAGACCCUGGAGUUAAAGCAUGGACACCCACUAAAGGAAAACAGAAUGUGAUCAUGUUUGUUGGAUUGCAAGGGAGUGGUAAAACAACUACAUGUUCAAAGUUAGCAUAUUAUUAUCAGAGGAAAGGUUGGAAGACCUGUUUGAUAUGUGCAGACACAUUCAGAGCAGGGGCUUUUGACCAACUAAAACAGAAUGCAACCAAAGCAAGAAUUCCAUUCUAUGGAAGCUAUACAGAAAUGGAUCCUGUUAUCAUUGCCUCUGAAGGAGUGGAAAAAUUCAAAAAUGAAAACUUUGAAAUUAUUAUUGUUGAUACAAGUGGCCGUCAUAAACAAGAAGACUCUUUGUUUGAAGAAAUGCUUCAAGUUGCUAAUGCUAUACAACCAGAUAACAUUGUUUAUGUGAUGGAUGCCUCCAUUGGACAGGCUUGUGAAGCCCAGGCUAAGGCUUUUAAAGAUAAAGUAGAUGUAGCCUCAGUAAUAGUGACAAAACUUGAUGGCCACGCAAAAGGAGGUGGUGCUCUCAGUGCAGUUGCUGCCACAAAAAGUCCAAUUAUUUUCAUUGGUACAGGGGAACAUAUAGAUGACUUUGAACCUUUCAAAACACAACCUUUCAUCAGCAAACUUCUUGGUAUGGGUGACAUUGAAGGACUGAUAGAUAAAGUCAACGAGCUGAAGUUGGAUGACAAUGAAGCACUUAUAGAGAAGUUGAAACAUGGUCAGUUUACGUUGCGAGACAUGUAUGAGCAAUUUCAAAAUAUCAUGAAAAUGGGCCCCUUCAGUCAGAUCUUGGGGAUGAUCCCUGGUUUUGGAACAGAUUUCAUGAGCAAAGGAAAUGAACAAGAGUCUAUGGCAAGGCUAAAGAAAUUAAUGACAAUAAUGGAUAGUAUGAAUGAUCAAGAGCUCGACAGCACUGACGGCGCCAAGGUUUUCAGUAAGCAACCAGGGAGGAUCCAGAGAGUAGCGAGGGGGUCGGGCGUGUCAACACGAGAUGUCCAAGAACUUCUGACCCAAUAUACCAAAUUUGCACAGAUGGUGAAAAAGAUGGGAGGUAUCAAAGGACUUUUCAAAGGUGGUGACAUGUCCAAGAAUGUGAGCCAGUCACAGAUGGCAAAAUUGAAUCAACAAAUGGCCAAAAUGAUGGAUCCAAGAGUUCUUCAUCAUAUGGGUGGUAUGGCAGGACUUCAGUCAAUGAUGAGGCAAUUUCAACAGGGUGCUGCUGGCAAUAUGAAAGGCAUGAUGGGAUUCAAUAACAUGUAAAGAAGAUGCCUUAAUAUAAAAUGACUCUGUUGAUUACAUUAUUUGCUGAGACCUCAGAAUUUCCCCUCCUUUUUGCAAAUGGGAAAAAAAAAAAAGUAUUUUUCUUGCCUGUCUUGCCCCCUUUCUUUCUCUUCUUGUCUUUUUCCCCUUCCUUUUCUUUUUCUUUUCUUCCUUUUUCCCUUCCUCCCUUUCAUAUGGGAGGAAUAUAUGGUUGUUGUGGAAAUCAUUAUAUUUUUGCUUUAGAUUUUCUUUUCUGUUAAUUUCAACCAUCCUAACACUUCUGAAGUUAAAUCAUGAUGUAAAAUUUUAGUACUUAAAAGUUUUUAAUUGUCUCAAAGGCCAACCAUUACCUUUGUAAACAGUCCUGGUCAGUAGUUACAUGAUGUCUCAAUAAAAGUGCUAUACAAUAAACUUCAAAGUCAUUAUAAGUUAA